AUGCCUGUACCAGACCAACCAUCAUGUUCGGAGAAAACAAGUUCUCUCAGUCCAAUCUUAAAUACAUCUAAUGGAGAUGGUUCCGAAACAGAAACAACGUCAGCUAUUCUUGCUUCUGUCAAGGAGCAGGAGCUGCAAUUUGAAAGACUAACUCGAGAACUGGAGGCCGAACGUCAAAUUGUUGCCAGCCAGUUGGAGAGAUGCAAGCUUGGAUCCGAAACCGGCAGUAUGAGUAGCAUUAGUUCAGCAGAGGAGCAGUUUCGUUGGCAAACACAAGAUGGUCAGAAAGACAUAGAGGAUGAAUUAACUACUGGUUUAGAACUGGUUGAUUCAUGUAUUAGAUCACUGCAGGAGUCAGGAAUACUUGAUCCUCAGGACUAUUCAUCUAAUGACAGGCCCAGCCUCCUCUCCCAGAGUGCACUUCAGCUCAAUUCUAAACCUGAAGGGUCAUUCCAGUAUUCAUCAAGUUACCAUAGCAACCAGACCCUUGCCUUGGGGGAAACAUCAGCUUUGCAGUUUCCAAGCCGCAGUAAUCAAGCCAGAACUGCCAUUCAGAGCUACAACCAAGGAACAGCCAGCAGAGCAAGUCAUUCAUCUGGGUCUGAAGCUUCUCAGUCACAUGCUGCCUCCCAGUCAAGAGAGUCCUUUGUGCAAAGCCAUGGGAGCGCUUUCCAUUUGCCUGAUUCCCAGCAUUCUUCUACACUUUAUUAUUCAAGCUCUACUUUGCCAGCACAGAGAGUAAGCUCUCCCUUAUCCAUGCAGCAAGUAGGAUCUCCAAGCAAACUCCAGCGGGUGGGCUCUGCCUCAGAGAGCUCUGGAUAUAGCACUACUCAAAGAGUCUCUUCUCCAAAGCAGUCCCCUAGUCGUCUUGCCAAGUCUUACAGCACCAGUUCACCUAUCAAUAUUGUUGUCUCGUCCUCUGGUCUUUCUCCUUCAUCUGUACGUGUGACGUCUCCUCCAACUGUACAGUCCAACAUUUCCUCCUCACCUCUGCAUCAGCUGAGCUCAACCAUUGGUUCAUAUGCCACAUUGUCACCUACAAAGCGUCUAGUGCAUACCUCUGAUCAAUACAAUAAGCAUUCACAGGAACUGUAUGCCACAGCCACCCUCCAGAGACCUGGCAGUCUAGCAGCGGGAUCUCGGGCAUCUUACACAAGCCAGCAUAGUCAUUUGGGUUCUGAACUAAGGGCCUUGCAGUCGCCGGAGCAUCAUAUAGACCCUAUUUAUGAAGACAGAGUAUAUCAAAAGGCCCCUAUGAGAAGCCUUAGCCAAAGCCAGGGAGACCCAUUACUGCCAGCACACACCAGCUCAUAUCGCACAAACACAGCCCCAUCUUCCCCUGGUGUCGACUCCGUACCCUUACAGCGCACAGGCAGCCAACAUGGCACCCAGAAUGCAACAGGGACCUUCCAGAGGGGCAGCUAUGCUGCAGGCCCUGCCUCCAAUUACGCAGACCCAUACCGACAGCUGCAGUAUUGUCCUUCUGUUGAAUCACCUUACAGCAAAUCUGGGCCCGCUAUACCACCAGAGGGGACAUUAGCUAGGUCACCUUCCAUUGAUAGCAUACAGAAAGAUCCAAGAGAAUUUGGAUGGAGGGAUCCGGAGCUUCCUGAGGUUAUACAGAUGUUGCAGCAUCAGUUCCCUUCUGUGCAAUCGAAUGCUGCUGCCUACCUGCAACAUCUCUGUUUUGGAGAUAAUAAAAUUAAAGCAGAAAUAAGAAGACAAGGUGGAAUCCAACUGCUUGUAGAUUUGCUGGAUCAUCGAAUGACAGAAGUUCAUCGCAGUGCCUGCGGAGCAUUGAGGAACUUAGUAUAUGGCAAAGCUAACGAUGAUAACAAAAUUGCCCUUAAAAACUGUGGAGGUAUUCCUGCAUUAGUAAGACUUCUUCGGAAAACCACAGAUUUGGAAAUCCGAGAAUUAGUAACAGGUGUCUUAUGGAACCUCUCUUCAUGCGAUGCCCUUAAAAUGCCAAUAAUACAAGAUGCCCUUGCAGUGUUGACCAAUGCAGUAAUCAUCCCCCAUUCUGGAUGGGAAAACUCAAUAAUUCAGGAUGAUCGCAAAAUACAGUUACAUUCAUCACAGGUGCUGCGCAAUGCCACUGGGUGCCUACGGAACGUCAGCUCUGCUGGUGAAGAGGCACGAAGAAGGAUGAGGGAAUGUGAUGGGCUAACUGAUGCUUUGCUUUAUGUCAUCCAGUCGGCAUUAGGAAGCAGUGAAAUAGAUAGUAAGACCGUUGAAAACUGUGUGUGUAUUUUGAGGAACCUCUCAUACCGACUAGCUGCAGAAACAUCUCAGGGACAGCAGAUGGGAACUGAUGAACUUGAUGGAUUACUGUGUGGGGAUACAAAUGGCAAAGACACUGAAAGUUCAGGGUGUUGGGGCAAAAAGAAGAAGAAAAAGAAAUCCCAGGAUCAGUGGGUUGGAGUGGGACCGCUACCUGAUUGUGCAGACCCACCAAAAGGAAUUCAGAUGCUAUGGCAUCCCUCAAUAGUCAAACCCUACCUCACACUUCUUUCAGAGUGCUCAAACCCAGACACACUGGAGGGAGCAGCAGGGGCACUACAAAACCUGGCUGCAGGGAGCUGGAAGUGGUCAAUUUAUAUCCGCGCUGCUGUUCGGAAAGAAAAAGGUCUGCCUAUCCUUGUGGAGCUGCUUCGAAUAGACAAUGAUAGAGUGGUUUGUGCAGUUGCCACUGCUUUACGAAAUAUGGCCUUAGAUGUCAGAAACAAAGAAUUGAUUGGCAAAUAUGCCAUGCGAGACCUGGUUCAUCGUCUUCCUGGGGGAAAUAGCAGCAACAACUCAGGAAGUAAAGCCAUGUCUGAUGACACUGUUACUGCCAUCUGCUGUACCCUGCAUGAAGUCAUAACGAAAAACAUGGAGAACGCCAAAGCAUUACGCGAUGCAGGAGGCAUUGAGAAGCUGGUUGGCAUUUCAAAGAGUAAAGGAGACAAGCAUUCACCUAAAGUAGUGAAAGCUGCAUCUCAGGUCCUGAAUAGUAUGUGGCAGUACAGAGACCUAAGGAGCCUUUACAAAAAGGAUGGAUGGUCACAGUAUCACUUUGUAGCCUCAUCAUCAACUAUUGAAAGGGACCGGCAGAGACCAUACUCUUCCUCUCGCACACCCUCCAUAUCUCCAGUCCGUAUGUCUCCUAAUAAUCGAUCAGCAAGUGCCCCAGCCUCACCUCGAGAAAUGAUUAGUCUCAAAGAAAGGAAAACAGACUAUGAGUCAGCUGGUUCAAAUGCGACCUACAAAGGAGAACAUACUUCCAGAAAAGACACAAUGACAGCGCAAAACUCUGGAACCUCAACAUUGUAUAGGAAUUCCUAUGGUACGCCUGCUGAUGAUGUCAAACACAAUCAGAUUUCUACACAACCAGUUCCACAAGAGUCCAGUAGAAAAGACUAUGACACCUAUCAACCAUUUCAGAAUUCAACAAGAAAUUAUGAUGAUUCCUUCUUUGAGGAUCAAGUGCACCACCGUCCUCCUGCCACCGAGUACAAUAUGCAUCUGGGACUUAAGUCAACUGGCAAUUAUGUUGACUUCUAUUCUGCUGCUCGUCCCUAUAGUGAACUGAAUUAUGAAACAAGCCACUAUCCAGCCUCACCAGACUCCUGGGUUUGAGACUUGAUAAUGACACAAGAACCCAGGAAACUGUGCAUGUGCAUGCAUACCACAAGACAUUUUUCCUUGCAAAUUUAGUUUUUAAGUCUGUUCCUUAGAGAGGCCCUAAUUACCAGUGUGGCAAAAUAUGAUUAAUGUGUUAUUGAGAGCUGGUGUUUAAAUGAAUAUUUUAAAGGUGAAUAAAAUAUUUAAAAGAAAGUUAACAUUUUGAGGAGACAUCAGGCCUGUAAUGGUUCUGUGCAGGUUGUAAAGUAUGUUAGCUGUAACAAUCAGCAAUACUCUGUAUGAUCUUCUGUGCUUUAAGUAAUUGGCCCAGGAAGGAGGAUGCAUUGUGUAUAACAGAUUAACUUGCGGGUGGUGGGAGAAGGAGGUCCCAUUGGAUGUGUGAUGAGUGUUAAAGGGACAUAAUACCCAUAUGCUAAAUCACUUGAAACUGAUGCAGUAUAACUGUAAAAAGCUAACAGGAAAAUAUCAC